AUGGCAAGGCGGUAUGUCCUGCUCAUUUUCGUGCUGGAGGGUAUCUGCAGAAGUACAGCAUCAGACAGCGCAUUUGUAAUGUCCAAGCUUUCAAGCAGACGACAGCAGUGGGCAUGGGCAGCAGGGACGACACAGCGGGGGCGGAGAGACUCCGCGUGCAGCAUGCGUGCCGGCAGCGGUGAAGGAGGAGGGGGCGAGGUCGUGAACAAGGCGGUUGUGGCGGGGUUGUUGGGCUUGCAGUUGCUGUCGCUGCCCCUUGGCGUUGUCUCCAGACAACCUCGAGGCGCGGCCCUGCCGCGGCUAGACGUACUCUCGGCUGCUGCGGAGGUGACGGCGCCGCAAGCGACGGAGGAAGAGAAGUUCGUCGAAAUCGAGCUCGAGAAGUUCGAGCGCAAGACUCAGGUGGAGGGAAACCUGAAGAAGCAAUCUACGGCUAAACGAGUCCCCUUGCCGGACGAGCUACAGACGCCCAAGAAAGGGAAACAGUCUCCUCGAGUUAAGCUGGUGCCGGUGUCUGACGAGAAGCUGGCCAAGUCUGUGGAGACUAUCCAAGGGCUAGCUCCUUACUUGGACGAGGUCGAGUAUCUCAUCACCUCGCGGAGCUGGGACUACCUGAAGGGAUUCCUCGGGGUGUUUGCGACGUGCGAAGGGGAUUUCGUGGCCCUCAUCGACGGGAUGUACCCGACCGACAAGCCGGUGGACGUGAGCUCCCGGGACUCGAUGCAGCUGGAGGCGCAGAACGUUUUCCUGGCCGUCGAUGACUUGUACCAGGCAUCGAUGGCGAAGAAGGUCAAGGGGUCGGAAAAGGCGUACGUCAAGCUGGCCUUGAGCUACGACAGGUUCUUGAAGGCGGGAAACAUUGUUCCAGCGUACGACCCGGUGUCUAACACGGAGAAGUUCUUCAUGGACAUCCCCGACGAAAUGCUCCGCUACGAACGAGACUCGAAGGUCCCGCUGGCGGUCCGAGAUGCGGUACUUAUCCUCAAGGGGCCGGAUAAGGGGAGAACGGCGAUAGUCGUUGGCAUCAUCAAGAGCCGGAACCAGGCGGUGGUGAGGACGGACGGGACUCUGACAAGAGAGAUGCGGAUCUUGGAGCUGUCGGAUAUCGCUCGACAGCUGCCUGACGACCCCAAGAUGACGGCGGGAGGCUCGCCGCCCGCGAAGAAAUAG